CCUCGAUUCUCUCAAAAGAAGAAACCCGCAGCUGCGGCGAGCAUUUCGAAUUGCUGCGGGAAAAAGCGGUUUAAUCAAGUCAUGACUAACCAACUGUGUAAGCUCUUUGUUGGGGGCCUUAACGUGCAGACCACAGAUGAUGGACUUAGGCAGCAUUUCGAGCAGUAUGGGACGCUGACUGACUGCGUGGUUGUCCAGAAUCAGCAACUGAAGCGGUCGCGCUGCUUCGGCUUUGUGACCUACUCGUCCGCGGAGGAGGCCGACGCCGCCAUGGCCGCCCGGCCGCAUGUAGUAGACGGCAACAACGUGGAGCUGAAGCGGGCCGUGGCCCGUGAAGACGCCGGAAAACCCGAGGCCCUGGCCAAGGUGAAGAAGAUCUUCGUCGGCGGUCUGAAAGACGACGUGGAGGAAGAGCACCUCCAGGAGUAUUUCUCCCAGUUCGGCGCAAUCGAAAAGGCCGAAGUGAUCAGCGACAAGCAGACCGGCAAGAAGCGCGGCUUCGGCUUCGUCUACUUCGAUGAUAAUGAUUCGGCCGACAAAGCGGUGGUGCUCAAGUUUCACACCAUCAAUGGACACAAGGUGGAGGUGAAGAAAGCCCUCACCAAGCAGGAGAUGCAGGCCGCCGGUGGUCGGAGCCGGGGCCGCGGCGGACGGGGAAUGGGAAGGUCUCAAAAUGGCUACGGAGGCGGAAGAGGCGGCUACAGCUAUGGCGGCUACGGGGGGAACGAUGGAGGAUACGGCGGUGGAUACGGCAGUGGCGGUGGUUAUGGUAACCAGGGAGGCUACGGAGGGGGAUACGGUGACCAGAUGGGAGGCGGCUACGGGAACGGCUAUAGUGACUUUGGGGACGACUACGCUCAGCAGUCCUCCGGAUACGGCGCAGUGAAAGGGGGGAAUUAUUCAGGCAGGAGCAGCGCACCUUACUCCCGAGGUGGCAGCGGUGGCUACGGUCGGGGUGGAUACGGUAGCUAUUAGUCAUUUUCACUUGGUAACGUCCACUAACGGUUCGGGACUUUGCUUGGGGACCUACAGAUUUUGAACAUGGACCUUGUAAAUGCAUCGGCGUGCGAGGAGGGAAGGAGACACCUGUACAUGUGCCGAUCCGGAUACACACGGUGUAUUCACUACCUGUAUCUGCCCGGGGAAGGACGUGCGACUCCAUGUUCAUCUCCUCGCUUCCCGACCUCAGUAUUUCCAAGUGACGCCUAUUGAACGGACAUUUUGUAGUUAGUUUAAACUUCCUGUAAUACUGUCAAGAUUGUAACUGUGAUGGCUCUAGUUCGUCGUUUUUAUAAGCCCCGAAACGUAGGGCGACAUACUGUAAUUUAAUCCCUUGUAUCGUAUCAUGCGACUUCUAAAAUUCGCUUUAGUCGUACCAAACUCAGGGGAACGGAAAUGUGUUCAAAAUAUACUCAUCCUCGGUUUUAUUUUUGCUGUGAGUAAGUUAUUUUGGGCACCCACCAUGCCCUGAUGCUUAUGUGAGUGUUCAUUUUUAUUUUGUAAUGUGAUUUCGUUUCCCCCCUCUGGGUCUCCCACCCCCAUCCGCGAGACCCGUGCUUGUGUGUGGAAUGUGAUUUUAAUUGUAUUGUACACCUUGAUGAUUUUGGCUUGUAAUAAAAUUUUUAAUGUUCCCAA